UGAGAGCGGGAGGCGGAGCGUCACAGUCGUCGGUGAGGCGGCUCAGAAGAAGCCGCCGGCCUAGGCUGUAUUGGGCAGGACGAAGGGAAAAGAGCGCGACAACGGCAUACCCGCAACAUGGUGUCGUCUAUCAUCUCCCGAGCCGUUGUGUUGGUAUUUGGAAUGCUGUAUCCUGCAUAUUACUCAUACAAAGCUGUAAAGACAAGAAAUGUGAAGGAAUAUGUGCGAUGGAUGAUGUAUUGGAUUGUGUUUGCGCUUUAUACUGUCACUGAAACAAUAGCAGACCUCAUGAUCUCUUGGUUUCCUCUGUACUACGAGUUGAAGAUUGCUUUUGUUAUUUGGUUGCUCUCUCCAUAUACUAGGGGAGCAAGUUUAAUAUAUAGAAAGUUUCUCCAUCCUCUUCUUUCCUCGAAAGAGAAGGAGAUUGAUGAAUAUAUUGUGCAAGCCAAAGAACGUGGGUAUGAAACAAUGGUUAAUUUUGGCAAACAAGGCUUAAAUCUAGCUGCUACAGCAGCAGUGGUUGCAGCUGCAAAGGGUCAAGGGGCAAUAACUGAAAAGUUGAGGAGUUUCAGUAUGCAGGACCUAACUGCUAUACAAGGUGAUGAACCAGUGGGACAGCGGCCCUACCAGACAUUACCUGAUACCAAAAGGAGAGGCAAAAGCUCCAACACCAGUGAAAACCUAGGUUACAGUAUUCCAGUGAAAAAUGAUUCUGAAGAUGAUAAAACAGAUGAGGAGAGGGAAGGGACCUACUCAGAAGAUGAGAUGUUUACUCAGAGAGGUCUCCGGAGAACACAAAGCAUGAGAUCUGUAAAAACAAUCAAAGGUCGCAAAGAGAUGCGGUACGGCUCAUUAAAAUACAAGGUGAAAAGAAGACCACAAGUGUACUUCUGAGUGAUCUUCUCAACUUAUCUUAACUCAAACUAUUAUCAGUUGACUCCUGCGGGCCGCUGUAGGCCUGGGCCUGUGUGUACGGUUUUCCUGUUCUCUUGAAAUGUCUCACUUACGUCUGAGUGAUUUUCCUGGUUACUGAAGAGAAAGGGAAACAUCUGUUGUGAACAGAGCUCUGCGUGCAUAUCUGAGUUACUGGCCACUGUGCUGUGCAUUUAUACAUACCAAAAAAAACAAUCAUGGUGGUUGGAAUUUAUUGCUUUAAAGGGCAGAUCAUGAUAUGUUUAGACUCGGGUGUUUAAAACUAAUUGCUAAUAUGGAUAGGUAGCACUUUAGGCUCCUGUGCUUUAUAAAACCAUAUAAUUUAAAAACUGACAAUUAGAUAUUAAUUGUGACUUUUAUGGAUGAACGUUUUUAAUGCUUGUUUGAUGUUUAACGCUUAAUGAAAAUGAUGCACUUCUGAAUUUCUUACUAUAACUCCAAAGUUUAUACUUGAAUACAUUAUAUUUCAUGGUAUCUUAAAAUGCUUAAAAAUCCAGGAAUGAAGAAAUUAGCCUGAUGGAAAUAGGAAUAAUUAGUAGUUAGCCUUCAUAAUGACUUGGAUCCAAAGAUUCAAAAGUUCAUGCAAGUAGUUUCUGCUGUGCAGUAAACUGGGUCUUUGAAACAAAUAGCCAGUCUCUACAUCAUGACAGUCUGGUUUUUAAACUUUCCUCAUUGCUGAAUGAAAUGGGGAAGCUGCUUAGUCAAAGGACUGUUUUGGCUCACAGAGCUUGUUUUGAUGGUCCUUUUGACGUCUAUGCUUUGCUGUGCAAUAAUAAUAUGGAUGUAAUUAGUGCAUUCAGCCUGUUUGAUUGCUCAGUAUAUUGCCUUGCCCAUUUCUGUACAAUAUCACACAUACUGAUUUUCAGGGCUAUGGGAAUUUUUAUGCAUUUACUUUUUUUAUCCACUGUUCACCAUAAAGCAUAAAAAUGUGUUUUAUGCCAAGACAGACUAUUAUUUCAUCCAGCUCCGAGUGGUUUAUUUUAGUUGGCAGUAUCUCUCAGCUGUUCCAGAAAAUAAUCUUUACCAGCCUCGGAUUGAGUGUAAGGACGUAAGUGUUUGCAAUACCAAAUAAUACUAUUUUGUAUUUAUUUUCUACUGUGCAUCUGUGAGGAUGCAGGCAAAUAAGAUGGACCAGGUUCCUUUUUCUUGGGAUUAAAAGUCCAGAAUGCAUAAAAUGGAAUUGGAGGAUAAGUUCAAAGACCCCAGAAUCCAUCUUAGAAUUCAUAGUUAUAUUGUGUCCUGUCGUGGAGACUUCAGACUUAAUACCCAAAACAAUACAUGACCACACAACCCUCAUAUCCUAAAUUCACUUGUUUCUUCUCUGGCGCUCUCUGUGAUUUUUCAAUGUUAGUUUUUAAAAUCUUGCAUUUGUUUUCAUCUUUGUUUGCUUGUGUAGCCAUUUGUUUGUGUAAAACAUUGCUAAAGACUUUAUGUUUAGGCCAUGCCCAGAACUGAAAGCCAUAUUAGCUGUACAGAAAACUGGAUCAUCUAUAUAAAGAAAAAUGUAAAUGUCCAUUUGUGAGGGACCCUGUGUCUCUCAAACUAUUUCACUGAUUGCUUCGAAAUUUGGACAUAUUGUAGCAUUCGAACUAGCAAGUGUUUUAAGAUAUUCUCAUACCUACUAUUAUACACAUGUCACAGAGACAGCUUAAAUAAUGCUUUGGUUCAGAAACAGCACUAUCUGCUGGACAACCAAGCAACAGUCGCUGUACUACAUACAACUGUUUAAGGAAGGAGGAGAAGGGCGUGCAGAGACAGUGAGGGCUGAAGCAAAACUGGAAGUGGCGGGGGAAAAGGAAGGGAGGAAGGUAGUGGAGGGGAAGAAGGGCCUUUCCAACCUCCUUGGAGAUGGGCCACAACGGGAAUUGCCUCCAAGACAACAGCAGAGGCGGAGGAGGCCUAUAGGGAGGCCUGAGAGGUAAGGGAAGGGAGACAUUUAGUAACAGCCUCCUUGUGCCUCAGCAGGAGCAACAUUUUGGAGCCACUAACAAGAACUACAGCAACAAGAAUAGGAGGAGGCACUGGGUUGCUCCCUGAGAGGGGCCUAUAGCCUCCCCCUUAACGAAAAUAACAUGGGGGCAUAGCCUACAAGAAAGCCACGCCCCCUGUCAUUCUCCCCAAGGGGAGAGCAGAGAGAGAAAGAUAUCUAUAUUCAUUUACACUCAGGAGCAAUCUUUAGAAUUCUGCAGUUUACAUCUAGAAAAGGAUUGCUUCUCGCAUAGACAAUAAUAUGUUGCAUGUUCCAGAGUCGCCAAACUAGACAGUCUCUAUAUCUGCAGACAGUGGAACAACCACAAAUAUUGCCUACCCACAAUCAUUAUGGAUAUAUAUAUAUAUAUAUAUAUAUAUAUAUAUAUAUAUAUAUAUAUAUAUAUAUGGACCCUGCUCUUUCUCUAUCCUUUCUUUUCCAUUGAGCCAGACUGGGCCACAGCAACACAUGGCCGGGUACAGCUAGUUGGGCUAAUAUAAAUGUCUUCUGUGUGUUAGACCAGCAUAAUCUGUAGAGCCUGUUUUCAUUUGAUACAUUUCUGUGAUGUCCUUUAUACUCUUUUCAGAGCAGCAUUUUGAAAUGCUAAUGGUUACUUUAGUAUCACUACUUAAAGGCUGACUUACAAAUGCCACUCUUCCUAGAUGCCUGAAUGUGACUCACCGUUCUUGUUGGGUAAAUCUUCUGAUCUCUUGGGAUAACCAGGAGUUUUAAUAUUGGCAUCUGGAUGAAAAGAAUCAUGUUAAUCCUUUGGUUGUUAAAUUAUUUUUUAAAAGAAAAUAUCAUGAAAUGAGAUCCACAUUUUAAGGCUGAUCACAGUGCUGGAAUCUGAAUACUUGAAAAAAAGUUACUGUUAUAUCUCUUGGUACUAAGCUUUAACGUAAGAUAAAUAGAUUCCAGAAAAAUAUAGCUUUCUUAAUGCAUAGAAAUGUCCAAAUGGUUGACAGUAUAUAAGUGUUAACAGUAUAUAUAAGAGUUAACAUGCAUGUAGGAGUGUUCCUUCUGUAGAAAAGAAUUAACUAUUUCUCCUAAAAAUUAGAAGCUUGCCACAUUUUGGAAGCCCAAGUGCCUUUUUUCUCUAUACUGCUGCAAGCUUCAGAAAUAGAAUUCAAUAUUGUAGAAAGAAUGCUUGCCAUUACAUUUUACUGUAGCUGUUAAUGUGAUUACACUCAAUAUAAGGAGAAUAGAUUAAGAUAUAUGAAUCAGAGGAGAUAAACGAUCCCAGGAGUAUCUUUCACAAGGCUUGCUGUUUUGCAGAUGGUUAGUAAACAAAAUAUAGGCUAUUUUAAAUCUAGUUCUUUAGCAAGUUGAGAAUUUAGUUCUGUAACAGGAGUGGGUAAUUUGUGACCUACCAGAUAUUGACUAUGACUUGCAUGAUUUCUCAUCUUUGUCUAGGCCUGUGGUUCCCAACCUUUGGUCUGCUAGUUGUCUUGGACUUCAGUUCCCAUUAAUCCUAGCCAAUUUAUUAUUUGCUAGGAGUUGUGGGAGCUGAAGUCCAAAACACCAGGAGUAUCAAAGGUUGGUAACCACUGCUUUAGGCUAACUAAGACUGAUAGGAAAUGCACUCAGUCAGCAGGCAAUUGUUUCAACUAUACCUCUUCUAAAAGAACACAUCCUUGUUUUUAGUUUGCAUUUUAAUGCUGUAUUUUGAUUUUAAUCUGCUGCUGGAAAUCAGCAUUGUAAUAGGUCCUUUCCAGCUUGUGUCUUCCUUUUCACAAAUGAGUAAGCCAGGUAAUUUUAAAGGAUAUGGAAUAGGAAGCAGUUGUGUAAUGAUGGAUUCUAAUGCUUCAAUUUGUGAAUUUAUUCAAAAAAGAACCUUGCCAGAUGGGUUUGAGGGGAGGCAAGUUUAAAGUUUGCUUUGUACAUUUCAUCGUUAGUAUGCUGAUACGGUUCUCGCCAAAAUAUUGUAAUUAAUACUUAAAAACACUUAUGAGAGGAAAGCACCUAGGAGAGCUCUUGACUGGCCAGAUCUUCCUGGGCCAAUAACUUUUCUUUACCUUCUUGGAUUCAAACAGUGGCAAUGGAAAUACUAGAAUUUAAAAUGUAAUUUCUGGCAUGUACACUGUCAGAAAAUACACUAGAACUCUGUUGGGGAUACAUUCGAAGACCCCCCCCCCCCCAAGAUAAUAGUGAAUCCUAUACUUGGGCUGUAAGCAAACCACAGAAUUGCACUGGAGGACCUAGAGAAGCCCACAGAUACUUCUGGGGAUAUAUAUAUAUUUAAGUGUGGGUAAGUUAAACCUUGGAUAUUGAAUUGUGUAUAAGGUGGCUUUACUGUAAGGUAAUGUAGAAAAGAUAUGGGGCUUCCAUUAGGUCACUGUUAUAUAAAGUAUUAUGCAAUAACAGCAUAUGAAAAAGAAACAUUUUAAACUGUAUUCAAUUACUGCCUUCUACUUACCAGUUCUUACAGCUGGUAGUUUCAAUAUCUGGAUUCAUCUUAACUUUACAGACUGAAAGCUUUAAUAAUAAAUGGUCUGCUUGUUUACAUAUUUGUAAUAGAAAAAAGACUGAUGUUUUGUACUGAUAUUUCUUUACCUUUGUAAAUGCUAUUUUUGAAGAUGUAAGUGCUCUUUUUAUUUUAAAAAAAACAAUACUUAAUAAAUGAGCAUUCUCAAAA